AUGCAGGUGAUGCAGCAGGACGUGAAGAAGGAGAAUCCGCUGCAGUUCAAGUUCCGCGCCAAAUUCUACCCCGAGGACGUGGCCGACGAGCUCAUUCAGGAGAUCACCCUGAAGCUGUUCUACCUUCAGGUGAAGAACGCGAUCCUGUCGGACGAGAUCUACUGUCCGCCGGAGACGUCGGUGCUGCUGGCCUCGUACGCGGUGCAGGCGCGCCACGGCGACCACAACCCCUCGCUGCACGGGCCCGGCUUCCUGGCCAACGACCGCCUGCUGCCCCAGCGGGUCACCGACCAGCACAAGAUGUCCCGCGAGGAGUGGGAGCAGAGCAUAACGAACUGGUGGCAGGAGCACCGCGGGAUGCUGCGCGAGGACGCCAUGAUGGAGUACCUGAAGAUCGCCCAGGACCUGGAGAUGUACGGCGUCAACUACUUCGAGAUCCGCAACAAGAAGAACACCGAGCUGUGGCUGGGCGUGGACGCGCUGGGGCUCAACAUCUACGAGAAGGACGACAAGCUGACGCCGAAGAUCGGGUUCCCGUGGUCGGAGAUCCGCAACAUCUCGUUCAACGACCGCAAGUUCAUCAUCAAGCCGAUCGACAAGAAGGCGCCCGACUUCGUGUUCUUCGCGCCGCGCGUGCGCGUCAACAAGCGCAUCCUGGCGCUGUGCAUGGGCAACCACGAGCUCUACAUGCGCCGCCGCAAGCCCGACACCAUCGACGUGCAGCAGAUGAAGGCGCAGGCGCGCGAGGAGAAGCUCGCCAAGCAGGCGCAGAGGGAGAAGCUGCAACUGGAGAUCGCAGCCCGGGAGCGCGCCGAAAAGAAACAGCAGGAGUACGAAGACAGGCUUCGCCAGAUGCAGGAGGAGAUGGAACGCUCUCAGGCCAACUUGCUGGAGGCGCAAGACAUGAUCAGACGGCUCGAGGAACAGUUGCGGCAGCUGCAAGCCGCCAAGGAGGAGUUGGAGCAGCGCCAGAACGAGCUGCAAGCUAUGAUGCAACGCCUCGAGGAGACAAAGAACAUGGAAGCGGCCGAGAGGCAGAAGCUGGAAGAUGAGAUCCAAGCCAAGCAGGAGGAGGUGUCCCGCAUCCAGCAGGAGGUGGAGCUCAAGGACUCGGAGACGCGCCGUCUCCAGGAGGAGGUCGAGGAGGCGCGCCGCAAACAGGACGAGGCGGCGGCGCUGCUGCUGGCGGCCACGACGCCGCAGCACCACCACGUGGCGGAGCGCGCGGAGGGCGAAGGCGACGGCUCCGCCGACGGCGAGGGCUCCGACGGCGGCUCCGAGUCGGGCGGCGGCGAGCUGGCGCGCGGCCCCGACGACCUGGUCGACCCGCUCGACGAGCGCCGCACGCUCGCCGAGCGCAGCGAGCGCCUGCACAACCAGCUCAAGGCGCUGAAGCAGGACCUGGCGCAGUCGCGCGACGAGACGAAGGAGACGGCCAUGGACAAGAUCCACCGCGAGAACGUGCGCCAGGGCCGCGACAAGUACAAGACGCUGCGCGAGAUCCGCAAGGGCAACACCAAGCGCCGCGUCGACCAGUUCGAGAACAUG